ACGGCCCGACCGACGACUUUGGCAAGGAGAGCGCCACAAGCCCCGCGCGCCCAAGUCAGCUAGCGAGCGCUCAGCCCGGCACCUGUUCCUCCCGCAUAUCGGACCCCGCGUCUCCCGGGGCGCCCGCCUUCUCCCGCCAUGAAUCCGGCGCUGAGCAACCAGACCGACUUGGCGGGCCUGUUCCUGGCCAACAGCAGCGAGGCACUGGAGCGCGCGGUGCGCUGCUGCACCCAGGCGUCCGUGGUGACCGACGACGGCUUCGCCGAGGGCGGCCCGGACGAACGCAGCCUGUACAUCAUGCGCGUGGUGCAGAUCGCGGUCAUGUGCGUGCUCUCGCUCACCGUGGUCUUCGGCAUCUUCUUCCUCGGCUGCAACCUGCUCAUCAAGUCCGAGGGCAUGAUCAACUUCCUGGUGAAGGACCGGAGACCGUCGAAAGAAGUGGAGGCGGUGGUCGUGGGGCCCUACUGACCGGCCCUGCGGCCCCGCGGCCGCCGCCCCCUCGCCGCCGCCGCGACCCCCGGCCUCAGCGCCUGGGCGAUGCAAACCUGUCGGAGUCAAGUAUUUGACUUCUGCCUUUGAGGAUGAAGCGACCCUUUUCUCUCGCUCACCCU